AUGGCGUCUCUCGCGCCAGCUCUGAGCCGACCAGCAAGCUCGCGCCCGCUGAGCGCGCGGCUGCUCAAGCUCAACCAGCUCCAGCAGCCGAGACAGCAGGUUCGCCGGAUAGCCACGACGACGAACACUACCGCGUCGCCAUUACUACGGUCUGAAAGGUCUUCGGCUGCGACUCGCGGCCGCGUCGCCGGUGCUGCCCUGUCCGGUGCUGCGCUGUCGCGCCAGUUCGCCAGACAAUAUGCGUCCGAGGCUCCCGGUGCCGGGGGUGAUCUACCUGCGCCCAAGCGCAGCAAGGUGCGGUCGGCCUUCCGCUGGAUUUGGCGGUUGACUUACAUCUCCCUGCUGGGCGGCAUCGUCUACGUCGGCUACGACGUCUACCAGGAUCGCAACCCUGAGCCGCAGGUGGCUCGCGACCCCAGCAAGAAGACGCUGGUGAUUCUGGGCACCGGCUGGGGUUCUGUCUCUCUGCUCAAGAAGCUCGACACCGAAAACUACAACGUCGUUGUCAUCUCGCCUCGCAACUACUUCCUGUUCACCCCUCUGCUUCCUUCCUGCACCACUGGCCUGAUUGAGCACCGCUCCAUCAUGGAGCCCAUCCGCACUAUAUGCCGCUCCAAGAAGGGCCCCGUGACCUUCUACGAGGCUGAGGCGAGCUCCGUCGAUGUCACCCGCAAGAUUGUCAAGAUCCGCGACAACUCUGACAUUCGCGGCGAUACCAGCGAGACCGAGGUCCCCUACGACAUGCUCGUUGUUGGUGUCGGGGCUGAGAACGCCACGUUCGGUAUACCCGGCGUGCGCGAGAACUCGUGCUUCCUCAAGGAGAUUGGCGAUGCCCAGCAAAUUCGCAAGAAGAUCAUGGACUGCGUCGAGACUGCCGCUUUCAAGGACCAGCCCGAGGCUGAAAUUGACCGCCUGCUGCACAUGGUUGUCGUUGGUGGUGGCCCGACGGGCGUCGAGUUCGCCGGCGAGCUCCGCGAUUUCUUCGAGGACGACAUCCGCAAGCUGAUUCCCGACAUUGCCGACCGCUUCCGUGUGACCCUGAUUGAGGCUCUUCCCAACGUCCUGCCGAGCUUCUCUAAGCAGUUGAUUGAGUACACCGAGAGCACAUUCAAGGAGGAGGAGAUUGCCAUCCACACCAAGACCAUGGUCAAGAAGGUGACCGAGAAGGCUGUCGAGGCCGAGGUCUCCAAGCCCGACGGCACCAAGGAGCGCGUCACCUUCCCCUACGGGCUGCUCGUCUGGGCCACCGGUAACACCCUGCGCCCGCUCGUUCGCGACAUGAUGUCGAGCAUUCCCGCCCAGAAGGACUCGCGCCGCGGCCUGGCCGUCAACGAGUACCUUGUGGUGCAGGGUGCCCGUGACAUUUGGGCCGUCGGCGACUGCGCCGUUGCCGGCUACGCCCCAACCGCCCAGGUCGCGUCGCAAGAGGGCAACUUCCUUGCCCGCCUGUUCAACAACAUGGCCAAGACGGCCGCGCUCGAGGAGCGCAUUCAGACCCUGAGCUCGUCGCUGAACCUGAAGCCCGGCGUUGACUCGGCCGCCGUCAGCCGCGAGAUUGAGGAGACGGAGCGCAAGCUUUUGCGCGUCAAGGACAUCAAGCCCUUCCACUACUCGCACCAGGGUAGUCUCGCCUACAUUGGCAGCGAGAAGGCUGUUGCUGAUGUCAGCUGGUUCAACGGCAACGUUGCCUCGGGUGGAACGAUGACCUACUACUUCUGGCGCUCCGCCUACCUGUCCAUGGUCUUCAGCACACGCAACCGUCUGCUGGUGCUGAACGACUGGUUCAAGUCGAAGCUGUUCGGUCGUGAUAUUUCCCGGGAGUAA